GAAAGUGCCGGAAGGCUGGGUGUAACAGUAACCAGAGAUGGAAAAAGCUUUAGAAUAUGGGCAAGAGGAGCAACAUUCGCAGUACCACCAUCAGCAACCAAUCCCAUUACUAACUCCUUAUAAGUUGGGAAACUUCCAGCUCUCUCAUAGAAUUGUUUUAGCACCUCUGACAAGGCAAAGAUCUUACGACAAUGUUCCACAGCCACAUGCUAAAUUAUACUACUCCCAGAGAACGACCAAAGGUGGUCUGCUAAUAGCAGAAGCCACAGUUAUUUCUGAAACAGCAAGAGGGUAUGAGUCAACACCUGGAAUAUGGACUAAGGAACAAGUUGAGGCCUGGAAACCCAUAGUUGAUGCGGUUCAUGCCAGAGAUUUUCAGCCCAAUGGACAGGCUCCAAUUUCAUCCACAGACAAGCUGUUACCUACCCAGAUUCAAGCAGAUGGUGUUAGUGUCCAUGAAUGUUCACCUCCCAGACGGUUAAAGAUUGAAGAAAUUCCUCAAAUCGUCGACGAUUUCAGGCUUGCUGCUAUUAAUGCUAUUGAAGCUGGUUUUGAUGGGGUGGAGAUACAUGGAGCACAUGGCUAUAUGAUAGACCAGUUCUUGAAAGAUCAAAUCAACGAUAGAACAGAUGAAUAUGGUGGCAAGUUGGAGAACCGCUGCAGGUUUGCUCUGGAAAUAGUUGAAGCUGUUUCCACUGCAAUAGGACCUGACAGAGUUGGCAUAAAACUCUCCCCUUUCGACCAUUACAACGAAUCAGGAGACUCAAAUCCCCAAGCUCUGGGACUUUAUAUGGCCGAAGCUUUGAAUAAGUAUGGAAUAUUGUACUGUCACAUGGUCAAGCCAAGGUUUUGGGAAAAAGCUGAUUACCCUGAUGAAAGUCUUCUGCCAAUGAGGAAGGCAUUUAAGGGUACAUUCAUUGCUGGAGGAGGUUAUGAUAGGGAAGAUGGUAACGAAGCUGUGGCUGAAAAUCGUGCUGAUCUCAUUGCGUAUGGGCGCUUUUUCUUGGCCAAUCCAGAUUUGCCCAAGAGAUUUGAAUUAAAUGCUCCUCUGAACGAGUAUAACAGAGAGACUUUCUACACACCUGAUCCAGUUGCUGGCUAUACAGACUAUCCAUUUCUUGAUUCUAGUGAUGCAUAAAACAAUCCUUCCAAGGCUGUGUAAUAUUUGGAGUACUUAUUCCGGUUGCGGAUCCUCCUUCGUUGCCAGAGGAGAAUUUCAGCAGUUUUUUUGGUUAGGACCAAAGUGGUUUUGGGAUCAAAUGUUAAGGGAUGUUACUGCUAUUUAUCUUAAAUUUUGGAAAGGAUGUUGUUUCUCAUUA